GUUUCGCUCGCGAGCGAGCGCGCACGUACAGGGGGCGCUCAGUAUUCCUCACCGCGGCGGAGGUGCAGCAAGAAGAGGAAGAGUUAUGAUGCUAUGAUAGCGGUGGUUGUGUUGGUGUGUUACAAGGGUCCGCGCUGAAUUUACCGUUUAUCUAACGUCAUGGCUCGUCCGGACCAGUGUGUGUAGUGUGCCGGCCGGGGCACCAUGCUGUGGCUUCUCCUGCUCCUUCACAUCCCCACAGUGCUGUCUGAAGCCCCGCCCUCAGCACCACAGGAUGUCCAUGUCGAUCAGUGGCAGCUGACCUGGAGUCCUGCUCCGGGAGAGACGGACGUUAAAUUCAGCGUUCUCUACCACAGCUUUGAAGGACCUGCUGAUGAAGGUGAUUGGAAAGUUGUGCCAGCUUGCAAUCAGACACCUUUACACUUCUGUAACGUCUCCUUCACCAAAGCUCGGGCUGAGCACGACUGUGUCAGGCUGUAUGUACAAGCCCAGAGACAUGGGCUGACCUCUGAACCAGGCCACGCCUGCAGCGUUCACGGCGACUCCUGCACGCCGACGGUGCGCCUGACUGCCCGGCCUGGCUCCCUGACGGUGCAUCUGACCCAGGACCACAGCCUGUUUCAUGAGCAUGCUGCGCAUGCAACCCACAGGAUUUACUAUGGCAAGGAGGGGGAGCCGCUACUGAACCACAUAAACUCCGAUUCAUCAUGGACUAUGGACAACCUGGAGGCGGGCCAGCGGUACUGUGCUAAGGUGGAGUACGUCAUCUUCAACAAGUCUGUGGGACUGUCCAGCUGUGUCCAGUGUGAGCAGAUCCCUGAGCACGACUCCACGCAUUCCGUGACGGUAGCCACCGCGGUGGUGGUGGCGGUGUUGUUGUUGGUGAUCAUCCCUGUGACUGCGUACGUCCUCAUCUUCCAGCGUGAGCGGAUCAAACAAUUGCUGCGGCCUCCGUGUGAGAUCCCACCGGACCUCCUGGCGAUGUGGCCAGAGCUCGACUCCCCCGUCUGCGACCCUCCCCCUGUUGAGCCCUGCGAAGUGGCCACACUCAUGCCUGCUGAAGGCCCACAGCAGUGACGGUCCGAGUCUUCACCGACUGGAAUCACUGUUGUCAUGAUGACUGUUUAACGUGCCGCAUUAACUAAAGUGUUUCCAGUUUUCACAUGAUUCUAAGGAAAGUUUCCUCUGAAAAACAUUUAAAGAGAUGUAUAUUUUUUCAAAAAAAAAAAAAAAUCAAAAUUUUUAUGAGGGAAGAAUGUGAAAUGUACUGCAGAUUUUAACCUCUCCACCAACCACUACUAAUCA